UCCACCAGUGAAGCCCAUUGUGGUUGAGCUGCCCAUCUCUCCACCAGUGAAUCCCAUCGUGAUGGAGCUGCCCAACUCUCCACUAGUGAAGCCCAUUGCGGUUGAUCUGCCCAUCUCUCCACCAGUGGAGCCCAUUGUGGUUCAGCUGCCCAUCUCUCCACCAGUAAAACCCAUCAUGGUUGAGCUGCCCAUCUCGCCACCAGUGAAGCCCAUUGCAGUUGAGCUGCCCAUCUCUCCACCAGUAAAACCCAUCAUGGUUGAGCUGCCCACUCUCCACCAGUGGAGCCCAUUGUGGUUGAGCUGCCCAUCUCUCCACCUGUGAAUCCCAUCAUGAUGGAGCUGCCCAUCUCUCCACCAGUGAAGCCCAUUGUGGUUGAGCUGCCCAUCUCUCCACCAGUGGAGCCCAUUGUGGUUGAGCUGCCCAUCUCUCCACCAGUGAAGCACGUCAUGUUUGAGCUGCCGAUCGCUCCAGUGGAAGCUGAGUCGCUUCAGAGAUUUGAGGGUUUGACACAGCGACAUAAAAAAAGAAAGACAGACAUGGAAACUUCAGUUCCACAGGCCAGAACUACUCUUCCUCCUCCCUCCCUAUUGGAUUAUUUCGCUCUACCUACAACUCAGAGAUGUCAAAGGGCCCAGAAUUUCUUCCCUCCACCUCCAUUGGAGCCCAUCGUGGUUGAGCUGCCCAUCUCUCCACCAGUAAAACCCAUCGUGGUUGAGCUGCCCAUCUCUCCACCAGUGAAGCCCAUCGUGAUGGAGCUGCCCAACUCUCCACCAGUGAAGCCCAUUGUGGUUGAGCUGCCCAUGUCUCCACCAGUGAAGCCCAUCGUGGAUGAGCUGCCCAUCUUUCCACCUUUGAAGCCUGUUGUUGUUGAGCUAUCCAUCUCUCCACCAGUGAAACCCAUCAUGGUUGAGCUGCCCAUCUCUCCAACUGUGAAACCCAUUGUGGUGGAGCUGCCCAUCUCUCCACCUGUGAACCACCAGGAUCAACCUUGUCAAGGGGCCAACUGGGAAAUUGAGGCUGGUUCUUCACAGAUUGUCGAUGCUCCUGCCCAUCUCCCCCUUCCUACGUCCUCUGAUCUCCCUCAGCAGAGCCCACAGGAGCAGCCUGGAGUCCUCACAGCAUUCCCUGGUCCUCUUGCAAACAUUGGGACUCUUGAGGAGAUGAUUGAGGUUGCAUGGCAGAAGUGUCAGGAGUACCAAUCUAUGUUCUUCAUGUGGUACUUUGUUACCCUUUUGUGCACACAGAGUAGGGCACAGCCCAUCUUUCCUCCAGUGAAACCAAUCGUGGUCGAGCUUCCCAUUUCUCCACCAGUGGAGCCCAUCGUGGUUGAACUGCCCAUCUCUCCACCAGUGGAGCCCAUCAUGGUUGAACUGCCCAUCUUUCCACCAGUGAAGCCUGUUGUGGUUGAGCUGCCCAUCUCUCCACCAGUGAAACCCAUCAUGGUUGAGCUGCCCAUCUCUCCACCAGUGAAGCACGUCAUGUUUGACCUGCCGAUUGCUCCAGUGGAUGCUGAGUCACUUCAGAGAUUUGAGGGUGCCCUACAACUGCGGAAAAAUAAGCCACUGAAGGGUCUGACACAGCGACAUAAAAAAAGUAAAAAAGACAUGAAAACUUCAGUUCCACAGGCCAGAACUACUCUUCCUCCUCCCUCCCUAUUGGAUUAUUUCGCUCAGCCUACAACUCAGAGAUGUCAAAGGUCCCAGGAUUUCUUCCCUCCACCUCCAAUGGAGCCCAUUGUGGUUGAGGAGCCCAUCUCUCCACCAGCGAAUCCCAUCUUGGAUGAGCUGCCCAUCUUUCCACCAGUGAAGCCUGUUGUGGUUGAGCUGCCCAUCUCUCCACCAGUGAAACCUGUUGUGGUUGAGCUGCCCAUCUCUCCACCAGUGAAACCUGUUGUGGUUGAGCUGCCCAUCUCUCCACCAGUGAAACCUGUUGUGGUUGAUCUGCCCAUCUCUCCACCAGUGAAGCACGUCAUGUUUGAGCUGCCGAUCGCUCCAGUGGAAGCUGAGUCGCUUCAGAGAUUUGAGGGUUUGACACAGCGACAUAAAAAAAGAAAGACAGACAUGGAAACUUCAGUUCCACAGGCCAGAACUACUCUUCCUCCUCCCUCCCUAUUGGAUUUUUUUGCUCCACCUACAACUCAGAGAUGUCAAAGGGCCCAGAAUUUCUUCCCUCCACCUCAAGUGGAGCCCAUCGUGGUGGAGCUGCCCAUUUCUUCACCAGUGAAGCCCAUCGUGUUUGAUUUGCCCAUCUGUUCAGUGGAAGCUGAGUCUCUUCAGAGAUUUGAGGGAUGUCAAGGGGCACAGGAUUUUUUUGAUUCACCUCCACCACAGGGUUGCCAAAUGGCCCUACAUGGAGUUAACCCAUAUUCAAUGAGAGCAGUAACAGGUGCUCCAAUGAGCAAAUAUCCAGGUUAUCCAUGUACAACUACCAAAGCUGGGCCUGGAAUAUCAGACGCUUCCCUGGUUCACAUGCUCAGACCUCUCUCCCCGAUGUUGGUGCCAGAAGAUGAUGGAGGAUGGGACUCUGCUGGGGAUCACAUGUCCACCCCUGGGACUCCCUUCUACAUGGGUUGACUCUUCCACUGGACCUUUGAAGCCCUUUAAAGCUAUUUUGCCCGAAGAAAAGGACGCAGUGGAGCAUAGCAUUUUUCUUUU